AUGUCCAAGAUGAACUAUACCAUGGUGACCGAGUUCAUUCUCUUGGGACUGACUGACCAUCCAGAGUUGCAGCCUAUACUUUUUGUAAUAUUUUUAGUAAUCUACCUCAUCACUGUAGUGGGGAAUGUGGGAAUAAUUGCACUGAUCAGGAGUGACCCCAGACUUCACACUCCCAUGUACUUUUUCCUUAGCCACUUGUCAUUUGUGGAUCUUUGUUAUUCCACCAAUGUCACACCUCAGAUGCUGGUCAACUUUUUAUCUCAAAGAAAAACCAUUUCCUUUGUUGGCUGCUUCAUACAAUUUCAUUUUUUCAUUGCCUUUGUAAUCACUGAUUAUUACAUGCUCGCAGUUAUGGCCUAUGACCGUUAUGUGGCUAUCUGUAAUCCACUGCUCUAUAUUAGCAAAAUGUCCAAGAACAUCUGCAUCUCACUGGUCACAGCACCCUAUGUCUAUGGCUUUGUCAACGGCCUGAUACAAACUAUCCUGAUGCUCCAUCUAUCGUUCUGUGGCCCUAAUGAGAUUAACCACUUCUACUGUGCUGACCCACCUCUCAUGGUCCUCUCCUGCUCAGACACUUAUGUCAAAGAAGCUGCCAUGUUUAUAGUUGCUGGUUCCAACCUCACCUGCUCUCUCACAAUCAUUCUUAUCUCUUACAUGUUCAUAUUCAUGGCCAUCCUGCGCAUCCGCUCAACUGAGGGCCGGCGUAAAGCUUUCUCUACCUGUGGCUCCCACCUGACAGCUGUCACUAUCUUUUUUGGGACUCUUUUUUGCAUGUAUCUAAGACCCCCCUCAGACACAUCUGUAGAGCAAGGGAAAAUUGUAGCAGUUUUCUAUAUUUUUGUAAGUCCUAUGUUAAAUCCCUUGAUCUACAGCCUGAGGAACAAAGAUGUAAAGGAUGCUGUGAAGAGAAUUGUCAAAAAUAAAUUACAAACUAAAUAA